ACCAUGUCUAUAAUGCUGUCUCCUUCGCGUGAGCUGUCCCAUAACAAAAUUGAACCUAUCGCAAAUGAAGAGAGUGACACAAAUGUCAUAGUCCAGUCAGAUGGGGAUCAAUCCAAGGGUUCUGGUUUCUGUGGAUACAUCCUUACUUUCUUCUCUUGCCUUCUUCUCUUUUUUACUUUUCCUGUCUCAGUGUGGUUUUGUAUGAAGGUUGUCCAAGAAUAUGAGAGAGCUGUUAUUUUCCGUUUGGGACGGCUCCUUGGAGGUGCUAAAGGACCUGGUUUGUUCUGGAUUAUUCCAUGUAUGGACACAUUUCGAAAGGUCGACUUGAGGACGGUGUCUUUUGACAUCCCUGCUCAAGAGGUGCUGACCAAAGACUCAGUGACUAUUAUGGUGGACGCAGUCGUCUACUAUCGAGUGUUUAACCCCACAGUCUCCAUUACCAAAGUGGAGAAUGCAAAUUAUGCUACACAGAUGCUUGCACAGACUACAUUACGAAACAUGCUUGGAACUAAGAGCCUGGCAGACAUCCUAAAAGACAGAGAGGAGAUGUCAGAACAGAUGGAGGCUGUGUUGUAUUCUGCUUCCAAAAACUGGGGGAUCAAAGUGGAACGGGUCGAGCUCAAAGACGUCAAACUGCCCACCACUUUACAGAGAGCCAUGGCAGCUGAAGCUGAGGCCAGCAGGGAUGCCCGAGCCAAGGUGAUCGCAGCGGAGGGGGAAAUGAAAGCUUCGCGCGCUCUGAAAGAAGCUGCAAACGUGAUGUCCGAGUCUCCAGCAGCGCUUCAGCUACGCUACAUGCAGACGCUGACCGAGAUCGCCUCUGAAAGAAACUCCACAAUCAUCUUUCCUCUUCCCAUGGACCUCGUGUCUGGUUUUAUGAGGAGUUGACCGCAUAUACUGUACAUUGUAAACAAAUAUAUUAAUUAACAGCUGUGUUAAAGUAUAUUUAAACAAAACUUGUCUGUAGCUAUUGAUUCGUGUGUGUUCCGUAUAUUUAUGCUUUUAACGGCAUAAUCAUGUCUGUUCUGACAACUUUUGAUUUUGAAUAUUUAAAGGCACAGUACAAAUGUUUAAAUCCAGAGAAAUAAGCUGUUUUAAGUGU